CACUGCGCCCGGCCUCUACUGUCUCUUAAAUGCUGUUUGUCUCCUUUCCUACUGCCUGCCUGCCUCCCUCUGGGAGUGCACCCAGGGAGCACCAGCCCUCCAUUCCCUGCCACCCACACUCAGGAUCUCCCUCUCUGACUUCCACACCUGCCUCACUGCCAGCCCAGCUGAGGUUCUCUGCAAAUGUCUGUUUUCUGUCUGCCUCUGCCAUUCCCAGUGUGACCGCUCGUGAUCAGCUGUAUCUGAGGCAGGAGGACAGGUGCCAUAGCAGCUCGUGCCAGCCGAGCAGCCAAUUGCAGAAGCGUCAGGCCUCUUGGGGUCUCCAAAUCACCAUGAAUGCCAUCGUGGCUCUCUGUCACUUCUGUGAGCUCCACGGCCCCCGCACUCUCUUCUGCACGGAGGUCCUGCAUGCCCCCCUUCCCCAAGGGGCUGGGAAUGAGGACAGCCCUGGCCAGGGCGAGCAGGCGGAGGAAGAGGAAGGUGGCAUUCAGAUGAGCAGCCGGAUGCGCGCACACAGCCCUGCUGAGGGGGCCAGCGUCGAGUCCAGCAGCCCGGGGCCCAAAAAGUCGGACAUGUGUGAGGGCUGCCGGUCACUUGCUGCAGGGCACCCGGGGUAUAUCAGCCACGAUAAAGAGACCUCCAUUAAAUACGUCAGCCACCAGCACCCCAGCCACCCCCAGCUCUUCAGCAUUGUCCGCCAGGCCUGUGUCCGGAGCCUGAGCUGUGAGGUCUGCCCUGGCCGCGAAGGCCCCAUCUUCUUUGGAGAUGAGCAGCAUGGCUUUGUGUUCAGCCAUACCUUCUUCAUCAAGGACAGCCUGGCCAGGGGCUUCCAGCGCUGGUACAGUGUCAUCACCAUCAUGAUGGACCGGAUCUACCUCAUCAACUCCUGGCCCUUCCUGCUGGGGAAGGUCCGGGGAAUCAUCGACGAGCUCCAGGGCAAGGCGCUCAAGGUGUUUGAGGCAGAGCAGUUUGGAUGCCCACAGCGUGCGCAGAGGAUGAACACAGCCUUCACACCAUUCCUGCACCAGAGGAAUGGCAAUGCCGCCCGCUCGCUGACGUCACUGACAAGUGAUGACAACUUGUGGGCGUGCCUGCACACCUCCUUUGCCUGGCUCCUGAAGGCAUGUGGCAGCCGGCUGACCGAGAAGCUCCUGGAAGGCGCUCCGACCGAGGACACCUUGGUCCAGAUGGAGAAGCUUGCAGAUUUAGAAGAAGAAUCAGAAACCUGGGACAACUCUGAGGCUGAAGAGGAGGAGAAAGCCCCUGUGUUGCCAGAGGGUGCAGAAGGGCGGGAGCUGACCCAGGGCCCGGCAGAGUCCUCCUCUCUUUCAGGCUGUGGGAGCUGGCAGCCCCGGAAGCUGCCAGUCUUCAAGUCCCUCCGGCACAUGAGGCAGGUCCUGGGCGCCCCAUCUUUCCGCAUGCUGGCCUGGCACGUUCUCAUGGGGAACCAGGUGAUCUGGAAAAGCAGAGACGUGGACCUCGUGCAGUCAGCCUUUGAAGUGCUUCGGACCAUGCUGCCCGUGGGCUGCGUCCGCAUCAUCCCGUACAGCAGCCAGUAUGAGGAGGCCUAUCGGUGCAACUUCCUGGGGCUCAGCCCGCACGUGCAGAUCCCCCCCCACGUGCUCUCCUCAGAGUUCGCCGUCAUCGUGGAGGUCCAUGCGGCUGCGCGCUCCACCCUCCACCCUGUGGGGUGUGAGGACGACCAGUCUCUCAGCAAGUACGAGUUUGUGGUGACCAGUGGGAGCCCUGUAGCUGCAGACCGAGUCGGCCCCACCAUCCUGAAUAAGAUCGAGGCCGCCCUGACCAACCAGAACCUGUCUGUGGAUGUGGUAGACCAAUGCCUCGUCUGCCUCAAGGAGGAGUGGAUGAACAAAGUGAAGGUGCUUUUUAAGUUCACCAAGGUGGACAGUCGGCCCAAAGAGGACACGCAGAAGCUGCUCAGCAUCCUGGGCGCCUCCGAGGAGGACAAUGUCAAGCUGCUGAAGUUCUGGAUGACUGGCCUGAGCAAGACCUACAAGUCACACCUCAUGUCCACGGUCCGCAGUCCCACGGCCUUGGAGUCUCGGAGCUGACCUGCCACACACCCCUGCCCGAAGAUGGGGGUGGCUGACCACAGGCCCCUCCAGCCACGCACGAGGGACUGUUCGUGUGUCUCUGAUUUGCUGGAAGGAGCUGUGUCCCAGCAAGGAAUGGAAACUUGGGGCUGGGCUCGGCCCUCUGUCGGGUUUGGGGCCUGUGUACUUCCUACACCCUUCCUCAAGCCACUGGAAUCGCUGAAGAGGCAAUGAAAGGCGUGGGGAUGGUGGGCUCCCUUUCUUGGAAUCCCUCAGAGAGAUGCCUAGGACAGCUUACCCUCCAGGCCCCUUGUGGUCUUAGAUUUCAAAACCCGCAGGAGAAACAGGUCGGGUUGGUCCGACUCCAUACGCAGGCGCAAUGACAUAUCCGCUCUCGAGGUUAACAUUCAAGCCUUUCCAUUUGAAAUUCAGCACGUGUUUCUGGGCCUCGUGUUUGAGUGCACAUUUUGCUGCAGUUGUGAAUAUUCAGUACAUUGCCAGUCCUUGGUCACUGAGUCGUUUUUGAGUCAGGACUCUGCAGGAGACUUUGGGGAGUGAAGUGGAACUGUUCCUCAUCUUCAAGUCUCCUGAGACGUGUGUUCUGAAGUCAUGGGGCUCGUCUUCUGGGGUGUUCCCCCUCAGGUGCUUGUGAAGGUAACCUGUGGCUUAACGAUGGAACCCCUGAUCAUUUUUGCACAAAGAUGAUAGGUUGCUGAGGUGUCAGAGCGAGCAUCUGACUUGCCCAACCCCCUGGAUAUGCGAGGCCUACCAUGCUUUUAUUCUGUAUCGCUUUUGCCUUCAUUGCUGCUUUCAACAUUUACAUUUGGCUACAGUUAACUAUUUUCAGAGUGUGGUGAUUGAAGACAAUUUCAUCAUCCCACUGUACUUUUUGUUUUUAAAGAGACAGCAUCUUGCUAUGUCAUCCAUGCUGAUCUUGAACUCCUAAGCUCAGGCAGUCCUCCUGCCUCCACCUACAGCUACAGGUGCCCUCACUGUACAUUUUUAAUAAGGAUUCAUAGCUUGGAGGGAUUUUAUGGCAGUUUGGCUGGUUUGUUUCUAGUUUUUUGUGUUUAAUUUAUACUUAACAUGAAGACUAAGUUUAUAUAACUAGUUAUCUGUAUAAUGCAACAACAUUGGAACACAAUAAAGAUGUAUUUUUGUAAAUGGU